UAUUUUACUGGGUUACUUUCACUUGAGUCAUUUUCUAUAAAGGUAUCUUUACUUUUACUCAAGUAUGACAGUUGGGUACUGUUUCCACCAGUGUUCACCAAGUGUAAUGGAUUGAUACAAUAGUUAAGUUGGGGGGCGGUAAUGCAACAUAUUGGACGCUAACCCUCUUUAAACUCCACCGAAGAAGAAGAAGAAGACGAAGCAGAAGUGGGGGUAUUUUAUAUGCCACACUGCUGUCAAGGCAACAGAACUCAUGUAGCUAGCAGGGCCGUGAAAUAAAUUAAAUCAUGUUGCAAAACGUGGAAUUUCUUAUAUUUGAGCCAUAAUUUGCUUGCUAGAGCAAUUAGAUUCUAGCGUUUGCCACUUGCGGAGCGAACUUUAGCCACUCGUUGUUGCUGAAGUUAGUUAGCUAGCUAACAAAACAAGUUUGUCACAGACAAAAGGGGAAACCGGUGUCUUUGAAUUGGUCAUUUUGUAUUAACUAGUUAACUAUGGCAAGUAAAAAGCUCAGAAGAACGGGUGUGUCACUCGAAGUAUGCGAACGACUGCAGCGCCACCAAAUUGAAAGUUGCCAGAAUAGAUGGAGUAGAAACGAUAUGCCUUUCGCAACGGUGACUACUAUGCCCAUUGUCACCAGGACCUGCUGUCCCUCACACCUCUAGAGGUGAUGCGCCUCGCGGGGCAGAGUUACCAACAGGUGUUGAUGCUACUUCAGUCAGUCAGCAAGGCCUGUGCCCCCUCAAUGACCACAGCAUUGGAGGUGUGGAAGCAGAGGGCUGACCUGUGUUUCUCCACAUCCCUACCUGCCCUGGACAGACUGCUUCAGGGAGGGCUACCACGGGGGACACUCACAGAGGUGACUGGCCCCUCAGGUUGUGGGAAGAGCCAGGUGUGUAUGAUGCUCAGUGUGCUGGCCACUCUGCCAAAGUACAUGGGUGGCCUCGACAGCGGAGUUAUCUACAUAGAUACAGAGGCGGCUUUCUCAGCAGAGAGGUUAGUGGAGAUUGCUCAGAGCAGGUUUCCAGACUAUUUCUGUGAGAAGGAGCGUGUGUUGGAGAUGGCUGGACGUGUCCACCUUUUUCAGGAGCUCACGUGUCAGGAUGUCCUGGACAGACUGGAGAGGCUGGAGGAGGACAUCAUCUCCUCCAAGGCUGGGUUGGUGAUUCUUGACUCGGUGGCCUCAGUGGUGAGGAAGGAGUAUGACACAACACUUCCUGGGAACCUCAGUCACCGCAGCAACCUGCUGGGCCAGGAGGCUGCCACCCUCAAAUACCUGGCUCAGGCCUUUCACAUCCCUGUGGUCUUGACCAACCAGAUUACGACGCAUGUGGGCGAUCGAGGAGAGAGAGGCGCUGCGUCAUUCAGGGGAGCAUCCGAUGAGAGGGAUUCUGGGUAUGUGACGGCGGCGCUGGGGAACACGUGGAGUCAUAGCGUCAACACCCGCCUCAUUGUCCAGUAUGUAGACGCACACCAAAGACAGAUUAUGAUAGCGAAGUCACCUGUGGCCCCGUUUGCUGUUCUAAACUACACCGUCCAGAAGGAGGGCAUCCGUCUAGAGGGAAAUGAUGAUAACCAGGAAGUGUUGCAUCAAGGCACAGACCCGGGCCUCCAGCCGAUCAGAGUGAGGACAGGAUUCAACUACAACCUGACACAAGCCAAUCCUGCUGCCGUUGGCCAUCUGAAGCGUCUUUGACUCUGGGAACUGUGUGUGUGUGUGUCAGGGCUCUACAGUGCUACCAUUUUGGGGGCAUAUGCUCCUAAAUAUUUUGCUGUGCUACCAGGAAUUUUAAUUUGGGAAUUCCAAUGCCCAUAGAAAACAAAUCACCCAAGUAAUAAUUGUUGUUAUGAUUUCUCCGCAGCCUCAGUAGUAUGCAAACAUGGUGGCACAGAAAGAAAGGAAAAUAGCUUUUUUAGGAGAUGAGGAUUCAUAUAGACCCAAUGUAUAUGGAACGGUGUUUGGGUCUUUGCGUGUCAAAAAAGAUACAAGUCAAAUAACGCUAUUUGACGUAUCACGUAACGCUAACACAAUUUGACACGUCAAAUAGGCUUGUUGACCAAUCAGGACCUGAAUAUGACUACACGUCACAUAAUAAUUGAACACGUUCAGUAAUGUUUUACGUGGUUAUUACACAUUGAUUACACAAUCACCGCUGAACAUAAAAUAGCUAGCUAGCUGAUGGAUGCAAACAAUGUUCUUUGCCAAAAACAUAGCAAAAUGACAUCCGUUUCAGUAGCUAUAGUUAACUAUCUAGCUAGGUGGUGUCAUCUAAAAUACUCCUAAUUUAUAAGACAGUUCUUAUUUGAUUAAUGGUGGUUGGACGCACCUAUGUGAAGCUAGCCACAAUAGUGGAAUUGGCAGUUCGCCUUCAAAAAUGAAAUGUUAUUUGUCACAUGCGCCAAA